GUCAUGAUGGCGGCCUCCGCUUCAGCCCGGUCGAGCAUGGCUCUGACUUUGAGGUUUUCUCGAGUUAUGCCGGACUGCAGCACGUGUCCCCUGUACAGAUUGCAGAGCUGCGUGAACAACAGGGCUGCUUUACCGAGGAAGGGCUCCGUUGACACUUUCCGGACGAUAAAUCGACACUUGCAGACAAGUAUAAGUCUCUGUCAUGGUGAGGAGUCGAGCUCCAACGCAGAAGAUCCAGAAGUGGUCAACGUGGUUUACGUAGACCGGUCGGGCAAGAGGAUCCCAGUCAAGGCCAAAGUUGGCGACAACGUCAUGUACCUGGCUCACAAACACGGCAUCGACCUGGAAGGGGCCUGUGAGGCGUCGCUGGCGUGCUCGACGUGUCAGGUCUACGUGGGCGCCGAGCAUUUCGACAAACUGCCAGAACCGGAUGAGAGGGAGGACGACAUGCUCGACAUGGCGCCCAUGCUUCAGGAGAACUCCCGGCUGGGAUGUCAGAUCAUUCUGACGCCGGAGCUGGAAGGCAUCGAGCUCACCCUGCCCAAAGUCACCAGGAACUUCUACGUCGACGGCCACGUUCCCAAACCUCACUGAGCGGGAGGACAACUGAAGAAAACAGGGGGGGGGG